GUACCUGGAGUUAAGCCUAGAAGUGGCUAGAGCCGCUGCGGAGGGGCAUCGUUCAACUGUGGUCCCCGCCGAAGCUUGGGCGGGAGCGCGACCUCCGAAUCCCUCCGUUUAUCAUCUCGACGGCGACUUCAGGUGAAUGCAUCUUGCCACUGCAGUUCUACCUUCUGUAAAAAUUUCCGACUCCUGAGCAUCAACAAAAUAUUGAACCAUUUCAAUGUCAUAUCAUACGAUCUUUAGAUGAGAAAAUGGCUGGUUAUAGAGUGACAGCGGAGUCUAUUAAAACAGCUCGUCAACUCUAUCGCUAUUUGAUGAGAACAUGCGAAGAUCUGCCGGAGAAGCCAAUGCAAGUUCACUACAAACAUUACGUCAGACAGGGUUUUCAUAGUCAUUCGGAUGAGACGGACCCAGAGAGACUUAAACAGAUAAUAGACAAGGCCAUAGAGGAUUCAAAAUGGAUUCUAGAAAAGUACAAGAAAUGAGGCAUCUAACCUCCAUGCCUUGCUAAGGGCAGUGAGAAGAAAAAUUGCAUGCAGUUACAAUGUGCCUGUACUGGAUGCAUUGAGGAAUGGAAUCGACAACCUGGUGGGAGUAUGUAUAGCUCCAGUUGCUUUGCAGGAGCUAGAUGAUGCAUGGGAAAUUUGCUACUGAGAGAAGUUUGAGAGAUGUAAACUUUUCUUUUCUUCUUCAUUAUCUUGUAGACUAUCUGUAUUGAUUUCAGUCAGAGGUUGAUUUUUGGAAGGUGCUCAUAUUCUGUGACAAUAUGGUGAAGUGAAAAAGUUCAGG